AUUGUAGAAAUGUCCUUGAAAAGGCUUGAUCGACAGAUAAUAAGGAUCAUCAUUUAUAAUACGUUUGCGUGACGUAGGACAAAUACUCACUCAGGACAGGUGUUACUAUGUCCUAUGUUUAGUUCUAAACGUAUGAAAAGUCGUAAGGAUCGAUUCUUUCGAGUGCUUGGUAACAUCAUAUUACGUUAUUUCUAAACAAAAAUCUAUUUCGAGCAUUAAGCUUGAACAGAACACAUGCGGUACAAUGUAGCUUCAUCAAGUGUUAAAAUGAUUAAUUUUCAUUGUUUUUUAUUUAUCAUAAUUAUCCUGAAUUCUUUUCACAUCGGACGAUCUUCGGAAACAACUAAGCAAGACAAGCUGAAUUCUGAGAAUAACAAAAAGAUGGCAAUUCCUUCGGUUUUAAAAGUUUCUUCGUGGGACGAUAUGCCGUUUUCCGGAAUAAUUCAAAAAAAUGGUGAAUGGAAAGGAAUAGGGUAUGCAUUUUAUAUUCUCGAUCUUUUGAGUGAUAAAUUAAAUUUCACGUACACUGUUGUACCACCGAAGCAACAAAUACUCGGAAACAAGUAUAAAGGAAUUGUGAGCAUGUUGUAUGAAAAGAAAGUAGACAUGAUCGCGGCGUUCGUGCCCAUAUUAGAAGACCUAAACAAAUAUUGUUUAUUCAGUACAACAUUGGACGAACUCGAAUUAACAGCUGUAAUGAAAAGACCUGAAGAAUCUGCAACUGGUUCUGGUCUUCUAGCACCAUUUGACAAUACCGUUUGGUUUUGCGUUCUUACAGCCGUUGUAAUCGUAGGACCGACGAUUUAUUUGUUUUCUUUAAUUAGGUUGAAACUUUGGAAAGGUACGGAAGGAGAAAAUUAUAAUUUACCAUCUUGCAUGUGGUUCGUCUACAGUGCAUUACUCAAACAAGGAUCAACGAUCGUCGCUCAAACAGAUUCAACAAGGAUGCUCUUCGCUACUUGGUGGAUUUUUAUAUUAAUUCUAACUUCAUUUUAUACCGCUAAUUUGACAGCAUUCCUUACGAAGCCACAAUUUACAUUACCAAUUAACAAUAUAAAAGAUAUAGUGAACAAAGGAUACAAAUGGGUCACUUUUAAAGGACGUGUGAUAGAUUAUCUUUUAUCUCAGCCUUAUGAAAAUGAAAUAACAUUGUUAAACCAAACCAAAUUUCAAGGAGAAUAUAUUAUGGUGUACAAAGAACCAACAAGUAUCAUUUUUGAUACCGUCGACAAUAAAAAGCUUUAUCUCGGAGAACGUCACUAUUUUCGAAAGUUAUUAUUCGAGGAUUAUAUCAAUAAGACUCGUCAAGGUUUAGAGCACAACAAACGUUGUACUUAUGUUAUCAUGCCAGGAAGUAUUCUUUCCAAAAAUCGGGCAUUCGCUUUUCCUUUGGAAUCGACUAUCGUGGAUGCUAUAAAUAAAGUGUUAUCUUCCCUGAUAGAAUCUGGUUUAAUAAAAUAUGUAAAAGAAAGGGAUCUUCCAUUGGCUAAUAUUUGUCCUGUGGAUCUUCAAUCGAUGGAAAGGCAACUGGGAAAUACUGAUUUAUUAUUGACUUACAAAGUUAUUAUAGCCGGAUAUAUUAUUGCAAUGAUCGUUUUCAUAAUAGAACUUAUCAUCAAAUAUAUUAAUUCUUGUACGAAGAAUAAGAAAAACGCGAAGCAAUUAUCAAAAGUUCCAAAACAAACUAUAAAGUACAAAGAAAAUUCAAAACCAUCUUCUUGGAGAUCACGAUUACCUUUGUACGCUACUACUAAUAAUAAUCAUUGGCGGGAUAAUAACGUUAGUGUAAUUAAGAAAAGCCCACCACCAUUGUAUCAAUAUAAUGCAGGGAAUACAUCUUUUAUGGGUAAACGACAUAACAUUAACGGACGUAAUUAUUACGUAGUCGUAGAUAGAAGCGGUGGACAGAGACUGAUACCUAUAAGGACGCCAUCAGCUUUUUUGUUUCAAUAUACUGCAUAAUAUAUAUAUAUAUAUAUAUAUAUUAUGCAUACAUAUACAUAUAUAUAUAUAUAUAUAUACAUGUAUAUAAUAUAUAUAUAAUUUUAUAAUUUUCA